CAGCCUCAUACACGCCUCCAUGUCAGGAGUGUAUUAGUGCUUAUAGUCUGUGCAGAACUGUGUGUGUGUGUCAGUUUGGACAGGAAACUCCACCGAGUACAGCCCAAACCGCUCUGCAUAGGUUCUCUCCCUCUCUCUCUUUCUGCAAGCUAAUCAAGGCAUCAUGGUGGCCCACAAGGAGUUCGCUACAGCUGGGAAGGCGCCUGGUCUGCAGAUUUGGCGUAUAGAGAACAUGGACCUCAAGCCUGUUCCCCAGAAAGUGUAUGGAAACUUCUUCACCGGAGAUGCCUACCUCCUGCUGCACACCACAAGUGCACCAUCCUACAACAUCCACAUGUGGCUGGGAGAUGAGUGCUCGCAGGACGAGAGUGGCGCAGCGGCCAUCUUUGCCACGCAGCUGGACGACUAUCUCGGCGGAGGCCCUGUGCAGUUCCGCGAGGUCCAGAAUAACGAAUCUGUCAUCUUCCUGGGAUACUUCAAGUCCGGCAUUAAGUAUAAGAAAGGUGGUGUUGCGUCUGGUUUCCAUCACGUGGUGACUAACGAAGUGAAUGUGAAGCGUUUGCUGCAUGUGAAGGGCCGGAGAGUGAUCAGAGCCACCGAAGUAAACUUGUCCUGGGCCAGCUUUAAUAAGGGCGACUGCUUUAUCGUGGACCUGGGACAGAACAUUUACCAGUGGACCGGCAGUGAGUGUAACCGCUUUGAGAAGGUGAAAGCGUCUCAGGUGGCCAUCGAUAUCCGUGAUAACGAGCGCAACGGCAGAGCCAAGCUGUACAUGGUGGAGGAAGGAUCUGAACCGCAGGAGCUUAUUGAUGCUCUCGGCCCCAAAACGAGCAUCGCUCCUGCCACGCCUGAUGACGAGAAGGUCGAGAUGUCCAACAAGAAAAAGGGAGCGUUGUACCUGAUCUCCGACGCCACCGGCUCCAUGAAGACAUCCGUCGUGGCUCCAUCCAGCCCGUUUAAACAGGAAAUGCUGUCACUUGAUGACUGCUUCAUCCUGGACAACGGCGUGGAUGGCAGCGUUUUUGUAUGGAAAGGUCCGAACGCGAACACGGAGGAGCGCAAGGCGGCCAUGAAAGUGGCUCAGGAAUUUAUUAAAGAGAAGAACUACUCUAAAAAAACACAGAUCCAGGUGGUGCCUGCAGGGGGCGAGACGACUCUCUUCAAGCAGUUCUUCUCUAACUGGAAGGAUAAGGACCAGACCACGGGCCCGAGCAAAGCGUACACCAUCGGCAAGAUCGCACAGGUGAAGCAGGUCCCCUUCGACGCCUCCACCCUGCACACCAACCAGGCCAUGGCAGCGCAUCACAACAUGGUGGACGACGGGUCCGGAAAGGUUCAGAUCUGGCGUGUGGAGGCCGGAGCACGCGUCCCCGUGGAUCCCGCUUCAUACGGUCAGUUCUUCGGCGGCGACUGUUACAUCAUCCUGUACAGCUAUAAACAGGGCAGCCGAGAGCAGCACAUCAUCUACACCUGGCAGGGAUUAAAGAGCACUCAGGACGAGCUGGCCGCCUCCGCCUUCCUCACCGUGCAGCUGGACGACUCCAUGGGCGGAGCUCCUGUCCAGGUGCGUGUAACUCAGGGUCAGGAGCCGCCUCACCUGAUGAGCUUGUUUAAAGGAAAGCCCAUGAUCAUCCACAGCGGAGGAACGUCACGUAAAGGAGGGCAGACGCAGGCGGGAGCCACACGUCUCUUCCACGUCCGCACCAGCACUGCCAAAGCCACUCGAGCUGUCGAGGUGAACCCUUGUGCAUCCAGUCUCAACUCCAACGACGUGUUCGUGCUGAAGUCUCCCGAUUCGCUGUUCGUGUGGCGGGGCGUCGGUGCCAGCGAGGAGGAAGCUAAAGAUGCCAAAUACGUCGUCAGCUUCCUGGGAGGGAAACCCACUGAUGUAGCUGAGGGCAAAGAGCCAGCGGGAUUCUGGGCCGCUCUGGGAGGGAAGAAGGAAUAUCAGACUUCCACAACUCUGAAGAAUACGAUCAAACCCCCUCGUCUGUUUGGCUGCUCCAACAAGACCGGCCGGCUCACGGUUGAAGAGGUACCCGGUGACUUCACUCAGGCAGAUUUGGCCACCGAUGAUGUCAUGUUGCUGGACACUUGGGAUCAGAUCUUCCUGUGGGUGGGAAAUGAUGCUAAUGAAGUGGAAAAGAAAGGCGCUCCAAAAAUCGCUAAAGAGUAUGUGGAGACAGACCCGGCCGGCCGGCGUGGUAUCCCCAUCACCACCAUUAAACAAUGUGCCGAGCCUUCGACCUUCACAGGCUGGUUCCAGGGCUGGGACGCCCACAUGUGGGACACCGACCCCCUGGAGAGAAUCCGCGCUCGCUUUUAACUCUUCAUCAUCCUCUAACUGCUAUUUGCACUUAGCAGGCCUGAUGCACAAACAGCCAGUUUUACAUAUUUUGCUUUACGCUUUUCUAUUUUUACCAUUUCAUACAUGCUGAUGUGUCCUGUGCAAAGUCCUGGAUGGGUCAGCUGAUGUUUCUCAGUUCCUGGAAGAUGAUUACAUAAUAUUAAUGAUUAAAAAUCAUGGACAUUUACGUCCAAUCCAAGGUGCUUAAGUCCUGCCUUUAAAACAGAAAUUCUGCCGGUUAUCAAUCUAGCUAUCAAUCUAACAGCUAACUAGCUCAAAUAUAUUCUAGUGAACACUACAACACUAGAAACAAAUAUUCUUAAUAAACUUAAACUACUUAGCGUGUGUGUUUAGGUUUAGGUGGGGUGUGUUUCAUUUUGAAUGCUACUGGUUGGGAAUAAAUUCUGUUUUUAAAGGACACAAGUCGUCACACGGUAUCAAAUCACCAUCCUCAGUCCAUUUCUCCAGUAAUUAUUAAAUUAGUGUGAAGUCUGGCAUCAUGACCCGAGAAAAAAAUAAAAAAUAAAAAAUUUAAGUUUAUCCUUGUUUUAAAGUUUUAAAGUAUUUUUUUUUCUUUUUCUAAAGUUCCUAAUUCUGCUCUUUCUCUGAUAUAUUAAAGCAUUUGUCACAACUUUUCCUCUUCAACAAACAGGGCCUGUGAUUGGUCGAUUCAUGAAGUCCAGUAAGUCAUGUCUGAAAAUGUUUUAGGAUAUUAAACAGUAAAUCAGACAUGGAGUGUUUCCAAUCUCUGUAUCUGUUCUGCCAACGCAGCCUCUUUCUCUUUCUUUCCCGUUUUACGUUUUAUUACUACCUGUUUGACCCGAAGUGUAUACUGACCUGCGUUCUGUCAUAUGAAAUGAUAUUUUUAAAAAUAUGAAUUUAAGUUUCUGGCUUUAAUAAAAUUCUCCUAUUUUAAAUAUAA